AUGACUACAUCUUCCAAUACAAAUAACAACACUUCCAGUACUGUUGAAUAUUCAACAAACACUAACUCUUCCGGUGACUUCAACUGGUCCUUAAAUUCAGAUAAAUGUAAAUAUUCUCAAUCUGAAAAUGCUUUAUUGACCAAUUAUACUUACAACAAAACCAUUGUAGAUAUUCAACAAUCACACAAUAAUAAUAAUAUCAACGUAUCCACUCUCACAAAGGAUUAUAAUUUUAAAGUAGAUUUAAAGAUACCAAAAAUUGGUGUCAUGUUAGUCGGGAUGGGAGGUAAUAACGGUACUACUUUCUUAGCUUCAUUAUUAGCUAACAAAAAUAACUUAACUUUCAAUAAUAAAGAUGGACCAUACAACAUUAAAGAAAGGGGGGGAUUCCUUGGUUCAAUGACUCAAUCUUCUACUUUAUAUUUAGGUAAAAAUCAACAAACAAAUGAAGAUGUUUACGUACCAUUCAAUUCAAUCUUACCAAUGUGUAAUCCAAAUGAUUUAAUCAUAUCAGGUUGGGAUAUUAGUGGUGAAAAUAUGUUUAAAGCAAUGCAAAGAGCAAAAGUAUUAGAAUAUGAUUUACAAGAAAAAUUAAAACCGUUAAUGGAAUCUUAUACUCCUUUGAAAUCAAUCUAUUAUCCAGACUUUAUCGCUAUGAAUCAAUUAGAUAGAGCUGAUAAUUGUAUCAAUUAUACCACUAAGGGUACCAAUCAUGAUGCUUAUUCCAUUAAAAAUAAAUGGAAUGAUUUAUUAACCAUUAGACAAAAUAUUAAAGAUUUUAAAAAUGAUAAUAAAUUAGAUAAAGUUAUCAUAUUAUGGACUGCAACUACUGAAAAAUUCGCUGAAGUUAUCCCCGGUAUUAACGAUACUUUUGAAAAUUUACUCAACUCAAUUAAGGCCAAUCAUAAGGAAAUUGCUCCCUCGACUAUUUUCGCUACCGCAUCUAUUUUAGAAAACUGUCCAUAUAUUAAUGGAUCUCCACAAAACACUUUUGUACCAGGUUUAAUCGAUUUAGCUGAACGUGAAAACGUAUUAAUUGCAGGGGAUGAUUUCAAGACAGGUCAAACAAAAUUGAAAUCUGUAUUGGCUCAAUUCUUAAUUGAUGCUGGGAUUAAACCAAUCUCUAUUGCAUCUUAUAAUCAUUUGGGUAACAACGAUGGGUUGAAUUUAUCUUCUUCAUUACAAUUCAAAUCUAAGGAAAUUACGAAAAGUAACGUUAUUGAUGAUAUGAUUAAAUCCAAUCAAAUCUUAUAUCCUCAAUCAGACAAAAUGAAAAAAAAGAACAAAGAUGUAGAUCAUUGUAUCGUUAUUAAAUAUAUGGAAUCCAUUGGAGAUUCAAAAGUUGCAAUGGAUGAAUAUUAUAAUGAAUUAAUGUUAGGUGGUCAUAAUAGAAUUUCCAUCCAUAACGUUUGUGAAGAUUCAUUAUUAGCAUCUCCAAUCAUUCUAGAUUUAAUUAUUAUGUGUGAAUUUUGUUCAAGAAUUACAUAUAUUGAAUCAGGUAAUCAACAAGGCGAUGGAAAUUAUCAACAAUUUUACCCUGUUUUGAGUUUGUUGAGUUAUUGGUUGAAAGCUCCAUUGACAAGACCUGGAUAUGAACCUAUUAAUGGGUUGAAUAAACAAAGAAUGGCUUUGGAUAAUUUUAUGAGAUUGUUAAUUGGAUUGCCACCAAUUGAUGAAUUAAGAUUCGAAGAAAGAUUGAUGUAA